AUGCCAGCUGAGGGGCUGGGCAGGCGGAGGGACCACGCCGCUGUCCUCGGGUUGUUCCUCACCGCAGCUCUGGUUGUGGCUGUCCAGGGUCUCUGCGAUGCUCCGCCGCGUCUCCAGUCUGCAGAGCUCAAGGAGCUAUACCGCGGCGCCACCACGUUCCGCCAUAAUUCCGUGGUGGAAUACGUCUGUCGUCCGGGUUACGUGAGGAACAUUAAUUCCCAAGGCACCCUUGUCUGCGGAAGGAACAACAAGUGGCAUGGGUCACGGGAGAUGUGUAUACCAGUGAACUUCACCUGCAACACUGGGUACAGACUGGUUGGAGACUCUGAAAUUCGCUGUGUGAUUAAAAAUGGAGUUCUUACAUGGGACAGAGAUAUUCCCAUCUGUGAGCCAAUCCCGUGUUCCCCCCCUCCAGAGAUAGCGAAUGGAGAGCACAGUGGAGCUGGCAAAGAUCUCUUUGAAUACGGAGCAUCCGUCACGUACUGGUGCCACACUGUCAGAAGGGGAGAGAGACCCUUCUCGCUGGUGGGAGACGCUUCGAUUUUCUGUACAACCACAGACAACGUCAAUGGUGUCUGGAGCAAGCCGGCCCCGGAGUGCAGAGUGGUGAACUGUGAGCAUCCCAGAGUGGAGAACGGGCGGCUGCUGAGCGGGUACCGGGCUGAGUACACCUACCGAGACACCGCCGUCUUCGACUGCAACUUCCGCUACGCCAUGAACGGCAGCGACGCGGCCACCUGCACGGAGAACGGCCUCUGGGACCCCCCGCUGCCGCUCUGCCAGCUCAGCAGCUGUGAUGACCCCCCAGAUGUGCACAAUGCUGUUAAAGCAAAGCUUGCUGGCAAUUUGUUUCCCGUGGAGACCAUCAUUACCUACGAGUGCCGGGAGGGCCACCAGUUCAGCCUGGGAGAAACCACGCGGCACAUCAAGUGUCUGCCGGAUUUCACGUGGAGCGAAACUCCGCAUCCUUGUGAAAGAAUUCGUUGCCAACGUCCAGACAUCAAUAACGGAAAGCCCUUAAACGUGUACGAAGAUAAAGACAAUUACAUGUAUGGAGACAGGCUGGAAGUUACGUGUAACGAUGGCUUCGCUUUCAAAGGUCGUGGCUCUAACGUUGUCCUUCAGUGUGCAAGUGACGGCAGAUGGGACCCAGCAGUUCCGGAGUGCACCGAAGAACCUCGUUGUCCGAACCCAGAUAUUCCUCAUGGAAGAGAGAUUUAUAAAAGCAAGAAUGACUACACAGUGGGGACACGCCUGAGGCUGGAGUGUGAUUUGGACUAUGUCCUCAGGGGCCAGGACUCGACCGAGUGCCAGGCUGACACGAGCUGGGCUCCCCCGUUACCCUUCUGUGACAAAGUCUGUGGCCCCCCUCCCCAAAUCACCCACGGGCAGCACUCGGGCUCGGGACGGCAGCAGUUCCCGUACGGCGCAGAGGUGACAUACAGCUGUGCCGAGGGUCUGUCCCUCAUUGGGGACGCCUCCAUCUACUGCACCUCCGACGAUGGGGUGAACAUGACAUGGAGCGGCCCUGCCCCGUCGUGCAGGGUGGUUCGCUGCCCCAAGCCCCCCAUCGCGAGGGGCAGGGGGGAUCCUUUUUUUCCCUACGGGACAGCCGUGCGGUUCUCCUGCGAGGAAGGAUUCGCGCUGCAGGGUGAUGCCGAGAGCCAGUGCCUGGCCGAUGGAGCCUGGGACCCCCCCCCGCCCUCCUGCCACCCAGUUCAGUGUCCCCAGCCCUCGAGAGAGGAGGACCUAGUGAUUUACUCUCCUAAAUUAUGGUACGGGGUGAAUGAAACUCUGCUGUUCUACUGCAGACAGGGUGGCCGGCAGUCAGUAAAUUUAAAAAGCACCUGCUCAGCUAAUGGCACUUGGAUCCCACCGCCCACGUGUAAAAAGCGUGAUACGUGUGAGAAGAUUCUUCGAAACAGGGAAGCUUUCCAGUGUGGAGUUCCUCUGACAGAGCUGAAAACGCUGCUGGAAGUCCAGAAACUGUACCUGGAGAUCCAGAAACUUGAAAAGGAGCUAAAACCCACAGCCUACGGCUGA